CUUCCAAGAGCAGAGAAGAAACUUUAAUCGUGGCUUUAUCUACUUAUCUGUCUUCUUUCUGGGCGCUAGACUCUGCCAUUCCACGCACCUGAACGUGUCCCCGUCGGGCAGUUUCCUUCCCAGAAACGCCACUUUCCCCUCAGAAACUGCAGGCGUGGGAUCUCUCGCUGGGCGGGAAACGAAGCGCGGCUUAGAGGCGCGCCGUCAGAAAUCCGUGGCGGUGAUGAUGAUGAGGAUUGCGACGACGACGAUGCCGCCGGGGAUCAAAGGGAGCCGCGGUGGUGAUGAUGUCACGCGGAGGGCGACCCGUCCCACGUCACGGCCGGCGCGGCUUAUAAAGAGGGUCCCUGGUCCCAAGGCAGGGAGAUCCUUGAGGCCGCAACAGAAGCCUCGUCCUGCUCCUCCCGUCCGCGAUGCUGUGUCUGUGGCUGUCCCUGCUCCUGGGCGCGUCGUGGGGCUCUCUGCUGUGGCGGGGCGGCUCCCCUUGCGAGCCGGUGCGCAUCCCCAUGUGCCGCCACAUGCCCUGGAACCUGACCCGCAUGCCCAACCACCUGCACCACAGCACCCAGGCCAACGCCGUGCUGGCCAUCGAGCAGUACCAGGAGCUGGUGGCGCAGGGCUGCAGCCCCGUCCUGGGCUUCUUCCUCUGCGCCAUGUUCGCCCCGCUCUGCGCCCCGGAGUUCCUCCACGAGCCCAUCAAGCCCUGCCGCUCCCUCUGCGAGCGCGCCCGCGACGGCUGCCAGCCCCUCCUGCGCCGCUACAACCACAGCUGGCCCGCCGCCCUGGCCUGCGAGGAGCUGCCCCUCUACGAGCGCGCCGUCUGCAUCGCCCCCGAGGCCAUCGUCACCGACCUGCCCCAAGAAGACAUCAAGUGGCUCGACCUGUCCGACGACAUCAUGGUCCAGGAGAGGCCUCUGCCCCCCGAGUGCAAGCGAUCCGGACACGAUCGCUGCAAGUGUAAGAAGGUGAAGCCCACGUUGGCCACGUAUCUGAGCAAAAACUACAGCUACGUUAUCCAUGCUAAAGUAAAGAGCACGGAGAGAGGGAGCUGCAAUGAAAUCACCACGAUGGUUGAUGUGAAGGAGGUGCUGAAAUCUUCAUUUCCAGUCCCCCGUUCCCUGGUCCCUCUCUAUACGAAUUCUUCCUGCCAGUGCCCUCCCCUUCUACCAAAUCAAGAUGUCCUCAUAAUGUGUUAUGAGUGGCGCUCAAGGUUGAUGCUUCUUGAUGGGUGCUCAGUUGAAAAAUGGAAGGAACCUUUAAGCAAAAGGUUUAAGCGAUGGGAACAGCGUCUCCAAGAACAGAAGCUGCGAGUAGCUCCUAAUAAAAGUCAGAGUGCCAAAAGCUCCGGACGCAACGGGGUACCAAAACAAAAUUUGAAGACAGCCAACCCAGCCCCUUCUGGUCCCAAGAAGAUAACUAAACCAAGAAGUGACCAAAAAGACGUUAAUUCCAAAAAAAAUUGAAUCACAUUUUUUAUUCCUGCCAAUACUCACAAUCUGACCAAAGUGGUAUAGGUGUACUCCUGAAUCCAUCAAUGUAGACAUUUAUUGCUAUGUUCCAAAUAGACCUUAUUUACAAUAAUUUACCGUUAAAAGAUUUAUUUUCACAUAAUAGCAUGAGGAAAAUUUGCUUCUUUAUUAAGGUCUCCAUUACAAAAGUGCUCUACAAGAAACAUCCACUUUCCAUCUGAACGGAGAACUCUAUUGCUAUUUUUAUCACUAAACAUUGUCUGUAUUUGUGUAGUAAAAGACAGUUAUUUUUAAAUAUUCUUUGGGCCAGCUUUUUUUUUUUUUAAAAAAGAAUGUUAAUUGCUGUAUAUAAAUAUGUUAGCUAGAAACCAGUGCUUCCAAAAAGUAGUUGGAAAGCUUAAAAUAAUUCUUGCCACAUGUAAAUUUUUUUGAAAGAUUUUAAAAUGUAGAAUGCAAAUAUGUAAUACUCUGAACUGAAAUUAUGGCAAAUAGCAAAUUUGCUUUGCAAUAUUGUUUUUUAAUGUGUUUUAAAUAUAUAUUAGCACAUUUUAGGUGUUGGUAAUAUUUUAUCAGACAAAUAUUUUCCCUAAUCCAGAAAUCUCAGUGCAUUAAAACAUAAAACGUGAACCUCUCAUACAUUGGAUAUCCCAUUCCUUUCAAUAGAUGGUGCCAAUUAGCAAACAAUUAUUUAAAAAUUAUUUUUACAAUUACAAAAAGUUAGCAGCUCUGCACAUAGAUUGGUUCACUUAACUGAAAUGAAUGUAAACCUUUCGGAAGCUAAUAGGUGCCUUGAGUUUCUUUCCAAUCCUUUGCCUUCACAUUUGAAAAUGGAAUUCAGUUUUACAUAACCUUUUCUGAUUUAAGUAAAUUUUAGUGGUUCAUAUGAUGGAUGUGAUCCAGAGACAAAUAAGUGAAUGUAAUUAGUUGAAAGCAAGUAGAAAAUUGCCAAUAUAGGAUCUAUGUUUUAAACACUGGAGAAUUUUAAAGUUAAAUCUUGGUUUGCAUCAAUAGGAGCUCUGGAGUUUGAGUAUAAACAAAACAUUUGGCCGUAGGUGUAUAUACAAUAGGAUGCUGAGGAUUUUUAUAUGGGUUUAGUACUGGAAUGCAUUUUUGACAAAGACAUUUCAUAAUCUUAUGUAAUGAUGAGCUACUUUUCUUAUAUAGGGAUGAGCAAAGUAUUGUGUUCCCAGUUUUGAACAUAUUUACCUGUAAGCAGCAACCACUAUGGCCUUUUCUAGGGGCAAGACAAACCUUGUCUUACCUUGCUUUUGCUGAUUCUAAAACAAAAGGAGUAUAUUUGGGUCUCCAGAUAUGUUUUGAUUGCAGAUUCUUCAAUUCCUUACCAGGGCUGAUGGAACUGCAAACAUGUGGAGGGCCACCUUUCUCACAUUGCCCCAUUCUGUAUUUUGUUCAUUGAGAACCAGCUGUACGCAGAAAUGAUGGCUUGUUGAAUGGUUGUGCAUUGCACUCAUUGGUUGUUGGUUCUAAUCUCUUAUCCUAUCCCUCCCAGGUUUACUUAUGUCAAACUGAUAAUCUGUGCUUUAUCCACAAAAGGUGACUGGAGGUUCACAUUUACUUAUUUUAACACUGCUCUGGGAGUUUCUAUAGCUGUAAACUAAUCACCUCUAUAACCCAUUAUAAACCUUGCAUGUUCGGUCUUGAAAAGAAAAAAGUAGGUUAACCCAGAUGUUAGUGUAUGAGAGUGCAGUGGCACCAGUUUCUUAAGUCUUCUGUUGUACACCCUGACUAAAUGUUAUUAAUAAUACAUGUACAUUUUAUAUUGUCAACUUAAUAUUUCACUGUUAUUUUAAUAACUGUUUCAGCUCUCACUGUACUUAUUAGCACAUUUAAUGGAAUGUCUAAAACUUGUCUAAUCAUUUAUAACUGCUAGUUUCUGAUGUUUUUUCUGAAAAUAACAAAUAUUUUAUAAUUUGCUUUUUUAAAAAAUCAAAGCAAAACUAAUGUAAAUGAUUGCCAGCAUAGCAUUUGUAUCCUUUUUCAUAAUGUAAGCAAGCAUGAUUGACAUUCUACUGUACAGAACAAUAAAUGUUAAACUCUCUGUA